GCCCGCGCCGUGCCGUUGCCGCCGCCUCCGCCCGCCGCGCGGACCGAGGGAGCGGGGUCGCCACCGCCUGCCCGCCCGCGUGCCGGGGCUGCGGUGGGCCAGGAUGUCGGGCUUCCUGGAGGAGCUGCUGGGCGAGAAGCUGGUGACGGGCGGCGGCGAGGAGGUGGACGUGCACUCGCUGGGCGCCCGCGGCAUCUCGCUGCUUGGGCUCUACUUCGGCUGCAGCCUGAGCGCCCCCUGCGCGCAGCUCGGCGCCAGCCUGGCCGCCUUCUACGGCCGCCUGCGGGGGGACGCGGCGGCCGGGCCGGGGGCCGGGGCCGGAGCCGGGCCAGGGCCAGGGGCCGGGGCGGCCGCAGAGCCCGAGCCACGGCGGCGCCUGGAGAUCGUCUUCGUGUCCUCGGACCAGGACCAGCGCCAGUGGCAGGACUUCGUGCGGGACAUGCCGUGGCUGGCGCUGCCCUACAAGGAGAAGCACAGGAAGCUUAAACUUUGGAACAAAUACCGAAUUUCCAACAUUCCAUCACUAAUAUUCCUAGAUGCCACCACUGGGAAGGUCGUGUGCAGGAAUGGGCUGCUGGUGAUCCGAGAUGACCCAGAAGGUCUGGAAUUCCCUUGGGGACCUAAACCCUUCAGGGAAGUCAUUGCAGGGCCCUUGCUUAGAAAUAACGGGCAGUCCCUGGAGAGCAGCAGCCUGGAGGGGUCUCACGUGGGAGUCUAUUUCUCUGCACAUUGGUGUCCACCCUGCCGAAGCCUCACCCGGGUCCUGGUGGAAUCCUACCGGAAGAUCAAGGAGGCAGGCCAGAACUUUGAGAUCAUCUUUGUUAGUGCAGACAGGUCAGAGGAGUCAUUCAAACAGUACUUCAGUGAGAUGCCCUGGCUCGCUGUCCCCUACACUGACGAGGCCCGGCGGUCACGCCUCAACCGGCUGUACGGAAUCCAAGGCAUCCCCACGCUCAUCGUGCUGGACCCGCAGGGCGAGGUGAUCACGCGGCAGGGCCGGGUGGAGGUGCUCAAUGACGAGGACUGCAGGGAGUUCCCCUGGCACCCCAAGCCCGUGCUGGAGCUCUCUGACUCCAACGCUGUGCAGCUCAACGAGGGCCCCUGCCUCGUCCUUUUUGUAGAUUCUGAGGAUGACGGAGAGUCCGAGGCAGCCAAGCAGUUGAUUCAGCCAAUAGCUGAGAAAAUCAUUGCCAAGUACAAAGCCAAAGAGGAAGAGGCGCCACUUCUAUUCUUUGUAGCUGGGGAGGAUGACAUGACUGACUCCCUGCGAGAUUACACCAACCUGCCCGAGGCUGCCCCUUUGCUCACCAUACUGGACAUGUCGGCCCGGGCCAAGUACGUGAUGGACGUGGAGGAGAUCACCCCUGCCAUCGUGGAGGCCUUUGUGAAUGACUUCCUAGCAGAAAAGCUCAAACCAGAGCCCAUCUAGUGGGGCUGCGGCCUCCUGGGACGUUAUUUAAAACUCAGUCUUCUUCUCCCCCUGUUCCUUCCCUCCACCCUUGGACUUUUCCAGCGUGUCCCAAAUCACUCAACCCAGUGUCCAACCUCUCUGUGGUGCCUUGUUUCUGCAUUAACUCCUCAGCCAACACCCCAGGGUGCGCAUCCUCCCAGCAGCAGCAGAACCCACCGUGUUUGGAGACUCUGCUUGGGAUCCCGAGGAUGGUACCACCUGGCCAGAACUGGACUGCGUCACUCUCUCAAAGUCACCAGCUCUUGGUGAAGGACCUGCCAGGGUGUUCUUCAGCAGAGUGAGCGUGAAGGGAUGACGGAUCGGGGCUCUGACUCUGGUGCCAGCACACACACAGAGCCUGGGACAGCCACGCGGCACUGCCCGGUGACACACAGACAUGCAGCUGGAGCAGAGAAGGGGCUGUGGCCUCACUAGGCAUCAGCUUAGAGCCAUUGGUGAGAUUGUCCUUUUCUAAACGAUGUAGUGGUUCUUGGUCUGAGGGGAAAACAGCAGCUUGUCAGUGUGUUCUUGGGCAGGGCAUUCCAAACCUAAAAGGAAGCUUAUGGGGUCUUUUUGGUGAGAAAAACAAGUAGCUAAGGUAAUGGUUCCUAUAGUAACUGCUUACUUUUAUUGGGCUCCUGUGUGAUAUGAGCUCCUCAUUCCUUCCUUGUAUCUCUUUUUUCCUUGAUCUUGACCUUCCCCGAGUUUCUGCUGUUCAUAUGAACAGCUCCCACUAUCUUGGAAUUUUGUUAACGAAUUCUUCCCCUUGGACACCGUCCAAGAAACUCAGCCCUGAGUUCUCAGAGGAGCACGGCCCGGCCAGCACAGACCUCUCACUCAGCCCAGCUCUGUGCCUGAGGCCACUGGACCUCUGCCGAGGUGCCUGUGCCCACCUUUGGUUACCCCUGUCAUUCUCUUUUCUUUUCAAAGCAUAACUAAAAAGAGACAAGAAACUACCAGAAGCCUCACUUUUUCCUAAGAAAUGGCAGAAGGAGCUGUGCCCUGGGGUGAGAGUGAGGACAGAGGGCGUGGAACCCCUCUGCUAAGCCCAGGUAUUAUAGCUUGGCCUCUUAUUUGGACUGAAGUGACCAUAAAAAGGGAAACAAUUGCUCUGUUCUUAGGACCUGGCGUGGAGGGCUUUGGCCGAGGUACUCACGGGGUUUUGUCCUCCUCAGUCAGUCAGGUGUCAGAGUCUUUAAACAGUCCUGGGCCUUACUGCUCAGCACUCAGCGCUCUGCCAAACAAAACCAUUUAUUUGGAAAACCUAGCCCCCCAGUAAGCUGUUGACACUGUUUUUCCUUGCCGAAUUGGAUUGUUGAUUUGUAGUUCGGAGGUACAAAAUAGUUGGUAAUUAGACUGUUAUUUGAUGUUGCCAGCCUGAAAUGCAACCACCUAGUAAGAAAUAAAGCAGGCAUCUCUGGACAUUAUCAA